CACUUUUAUUAUUCUUUGGCCCAUAAUCUCUUAAACUUCAAGCAAAUGGCACCAAACUCAGCUAUUUUCUUGUUACUCUUACUGGUUUUUUCUUGGCAAACCAGCAAAGCUGACGUGGAGCCAUUUGCCUGCCACCCAAAAGAUAAAACGACAAGAAACUUGCCGUUUUGCCAAGUGAAGUUGCCGAUACAUGAAAGAGUAAAGGACCUUGUCGGAAGAUUGAGACUGCCGGAGAAGAUUGGGCUGCUGGUGAACAAUGCCGGUGCAGUUCCGAGACUCGGAAUUAAAGGAUACGAAUGGUGGUCUGAGGCUCUUCAUGGUGUUUCAAAUGUGGGUCCUGGGACCAAGUUUGGUGGGGCCUUCCCUGGGGCCACUAGCUUCCCUCAAGUUAUCACUACUGCUGCUUCUUUCAAUUCCACUCUCUGGGAGGCUAUUGGACAGGUUGUGUCAGACGAAGCAAGAGCCAUGUACAAUGGAGGAAUGGCGGGACUAACUUAUUGGAGCCCAAAUGUGAAUAUUUUAAGGGACCCAAGGUGGGGCCGGGGACAGGAAACUCCCGGUGAAGAUCCUCUCGUAGUCGGUAAAUAUGCCGCCAGUUACGUCAAGGGUUUACAGGGAAACGACGGUGACCGGUUGAAAGUAGCCGCUUCCUGUAAGCAUUUCACAGCAUAUGACCUCGAUAACUGGAAUGGAGUGGAUCGUUUCCAUUUUAAUGCUAAGGUAAGCAAACAGGACAUAGAGGACACAUUUGAUGUGCCAUUCAGAAUGUGUGUAAAAGAAGGAAAGGUGGCUAGUGUUAUGUGCUCAUAUAAUCAAGUUAACGGCAUUCCUACUUGUGCCGAUCCCAAUCUACUCAAGAAAACCGUACGAACUCAAUGGGGUCUAAACGGAUAUAUAGUUUCAGACUGUGAUUCAGUUGGGGUUUAUUACGAUAAACAACACUAUACAUCAACUCCUGAACAAGCAGCCGCUGAUGCUAUCAAAGCAGGUCUAGAUUUGGACUGUGGUCCAUUUCUUGCUGUGCACACGCAAGCAGCAGUUAAAAAAGGCCUGGUCAAUGAGGCUGAAAUUAAUGGUGCUUUAAUGAAUACGCUUGCUGUUCAGAUGCGGCUAGGUUUGUUCGACGGCGAACCAUCAGCUCAGCCAUAUGGGAAACUUGGUCCGAAGGACGUGUGCACCCCGGCUCACCAAGAGUUAGCCCUUGAGGCUGCCAGGCAAGGGAUUGUUCUUUUGAAGAAUAAGGGUGCUUCGUUGCCUUUAUCCCCUCGCCGUCAUCGUAGUGUUGCAAUUAUUGGACCUAACUCCAAUGCGAGUGUCACUAUGAUUGGCAAUUAUGCUGGUGUUGCUUGUCGUUACACUACGCCAUUGCAAGGAAUUGGGAGCUACACAAAGACAAUUUACAAAAAAGGUUGUACAGACGUGAGCUGUGUUAAUGACAAGCUAUUCAACGGUGCAAUUGACGCUGCACGGCAAGCGGAUGCAACAAUUUUAGUGAUGGGCCUUGACCAAUCAAUUGAAGCUGAGUUCAGAGAUCGAACUGGGCUUCUCCUUCCGGGCCAUCAACAAGAGCUUGUAUCUAAAGUUGCCGCGGCCUCUAAAGGCCCGACUAUUUUGGUCUUAAUGUCUGGUGGGCCUAUAGAUGUAUCUUUCGCAAAAAAGGACCCAAAAAUUGCUGCUAUUUUAUGGGCUGGAUAUCCGGGCCAGGCCGGUGGAGCUGCCAUUGCUGAUGUUCUGUUUGGAACAACUAAUCCAGGAGGGAAGCUGCCAAUGACAUGGUAUCCACAAGAGUACAUAACAAAUUUGGCAAUGACAGAAAUGGGCAUGAGAUCAAGCGAAUCAAAGAAUUAUCCAGGAAGAACCUAUAGAUUCUACAAGGGCAAAGUGGUCUACCCAUUUGGCCACGGACUCAGCUACUCACACUUUACUCACACCAUAGCCACAGCCCCCACCUUACUCACUGUACCACUCGACGGACACCGAGGAAACGCCACCGUUUCAGGCAAAGCAAUUAGAGUGACACAUACAAAAUGUAACAGGCUCUCACUACAAAUUGAAGUGGACGUUAAAAAUGUUGGGUCCAAAAACGGAGCUCACACACUGUUAGUCUACUCUACACCGCCAGGUGGACAAUGGGCUCCACGUAAGCAAUUGGUGGCCUUUGAAAAACUGCAUGUUCCUGCAAGAACACAACGAAGAGUUGGGAUUAAAAUACACGUGUGCAAGCUUCUUAGUGUUGUGGAUCGAUCUGGAACUCGAAGGAUUCCUAUUGGUCCACAUAGUCUUCAAAUUGGUGAUGCUAAGCACUCGGUGUCACUUCAAGCUUCAGUUCUUGGAGUCAUUAAGUCUUAAUUUCAUCAUUAAGGGAUAAUUAUAAUUAUAGGUUUGAAAUUUGUUUUCUUAGCAAAUUUUAUCUUAAUUAGUCAAUUCAAAUGAAUUUAUCUUCCACGUAUUGACAUCCA